AUGCGGUUGGUUGCCGGGAGCAUAGCGGGGAGUGGGGCGGCGAUUUCUGUCCAUAUAACGCGGUUGGGGAAACAGAGAUGGGAGGGAGGGGCGGGCUUAGUGACAUGA